AUCGUGCGAAAUAGAAAACUCUCUAAGCAAGGAAAAUGGCGAAAGUGCUAACAACUGCUUUCUACAUGACACGCUACUGAUCCUCAAACUCCCAGCAUUUUGGGUGUUGAUGCUGUGGUUUUUGUGCCAAAAUACCCUCAUUGUCACAUAUCAAGGCAGUUUUUACGCAAUAAUCAAUUACUAUGGAAAUAAUGUCAAAGAUAAAGUAAGUACGUAUACAGACGUGUAUUCCUGGUUCCAAGUGGGUUCUCUGUUCUGGGCCUUGCUGACUGGUUUGAUGUUGGAUAAACUUGUUUCCAGGGCAACCACAUACGAAAAAGAGCGAUGCUUCGUGGUUCCAUUUUUCCUCACAGUUUUGGCAGGAUUCAUCGCCUCCAUUGCGUGCAUCAUCCCCAUUAUCGAGUUGCAGUUUGUGGCCAUUUUGUUUCAUUCUAUGUUGAAAACCGGGAGUUACGCCACAAAUAUGACCUAUAUAGCUUCCGCGUUUCCAAAAGAACAUUUUGGGAAGACCUAUGGAAUACAAAUUGGUAUCGGAUUUUUGUUCACCUUUGUUGAGUAUCCAAUAUUCGCCUGGUAUAAGUACAGCCUGGAAAGUGACCCAUUCUGGUUGGGACUAUUGUUCCUGGGAAUGUGUCUCACCGCCAGCUGUUUGCCUUUUUACCUUCUUUGGCGUCGGUGUCGUUCCACGAGGAAUAACAGCUACACGCCUCAGAUUCCCAGCCAGGACACGAGUCAAUAUGGCUGCAGCUCCUCCAGACAAGACGAGUGGUGUGUUAUAUAUACUCCUGCCCCAUGAGAAUACAGUUUUACCAAGACGUUCAUAUAUUUGCCUGGUUAAUGUAACCUCUCUUAAAUCGAGAAA